AUGACUGCUAAAGCUGCGUACUUAGCACAUUACCUUGAUAGUAUAGAAACUUUGCCAGCGGAAUUACGGAGAAACUUCACCUUAAUGCAAGAUCUGGAUCAAAGAGCCCAAGAUGAAAUGCAAAAAAUUGAUUCAUUGACUGUCAAUUUUUUGGAAAACAUUAAUAGCUUAUCAGGAUCUGACAAAGCUGAAGAAAUGGUUAAAAUCAAAAAACUUUUUAGAAAAGCAAUGGACUAUGGGGAUGAUAAAGUCGAGUUGGCUAUGCAAACUUAUGAAAUGGUGGACAAGCAUAUUAGAAGGUUGGAUGCUGACCUUGCAAGAUUUGAAGCAGAUCUGAAAGGCAAGGCUAAUCCUGAUUUGGUUGAUGCAGAAGUUGCACUUAAGAAAAAAGGUUCUAAAUCCAUUGAAAAAGAGAAGAAAAAGGGCAAAAAAGUAACUUCUGAUAAUGAUGAAAUUCCAAAGUUCAUUCGUAAAAAGGGGAAAGUACCAACAAUUACCCAGCCUGAAGUUGGAGCACUGCCAUCAACUCUGGCUAUUAACCCUCCUUCUGGUGUAUUGGACAUGCCUGUUGAUCCCAAUGAGCCUACUUACUGUUUCUGUCAUCAGGUAUCAUACGGAGAAAUGAUUGGAUGCGAUAACCCUGAUUGCCCCAUAGAAUGGUUCCAUUUUUCAUGUUUGGGUUUGACAAGUAAGCCAAAGGGCAAAUGGUAUUGUUCUAACUGCUCUCCUGCAUAAAGAAGAAAUGAGUUCUUGCUUCUCCUACAAAGAAGAGGAAUACAAUUUGAAGAGCAAUGUUUGUCUUAAAUUUACAGUAAACAGGACUGAUUAAUGUUUGAAAUUUCUAGAAAUGUAUGAAUGUGUCCAAACAUUCCAAAUUUUGUCACACACAUGAAGAUGUUUUUAACAAAGACAUUGGUAUUUUAAGGGUUCUUGU